AUGGAUUUACUGAAGAUUCUUGUGCUAAAUACAAAUGACGAAUCGCUUUUAGAUGUUCUAGCUGUUGCUAACACUUUGCACAAUAAAUCCGGCCCAUUUGCAUGUGCACUUAUACUGGGUGAUGUUAAAAAGUGUUCUGAUGCCUUGACGAACUUCCAGAUGGAACUUCCCACUUAUAUUGGCAAUGGUUCUGAACUUUCUGAUGGGAAUAUAAGCCAUUCUCGUGAUUUGAACGAGAAUUUGACGGUAUUGAACGGUUUUGGAUUCAUUAAAUUAGCAAACGGGUUGAAGAUAGGGUAUUUGGCUGAGACCUCCAAGCUAUCGGACUCAGCUAGGGCCGAGGUGUUGAAAAACUUCCAAGAGUUAUCAGAACAGACUUCUGCUGAUAUACUCUUGUCUUAUGAUUGGAGUGAAGCUAUCUCUGAGAGAGAGAAUUUGAUUCUAGGAAAUAGUCUGGUGGAUCAAGUCGCAUCGCUGAUGAAACCUAAGUACCAUUUUACUGGCAAGAAUGAGAAACAGUUUUUUGAACUAGAUCCGUUUGUCUGGGAUCAUACCAAUGAACACAUAUGUAGGUUCAUCAACGUGGCUCAGUUUAAGAGCGGUUCGAAAUGGGCCUAUGCAUUCAAGAUCAACCUACUAGAAGGCCUGGAAACGAUACCCGACAAUUUAAUAGAUAAUCCAUACUUGGAAAAGCCUAGUGGAAAGCGUGAUUUAGUGCCGGAUCCUGAAACUGAUAACUCUAGUGCUGUCUCCAAGAAGCAAAGGAAACCUAAGCAAGUGUUGCCGUCAGAAUGUCGAUUCUGUUUGAGUAAUACUAAACUAAAUGAUCAUAUGAUUAUAUCUAUCAGUAAAUUUUCCUACAUCACUAUAGCUAAGGGGCCAUUAACCACCCCAGGAAAUGAUAUGGAUUUCUCUGGCCAUUGUUUGAUCAUACCGAUUGAACACAUUCCUAAAUUGAACACAGCCAAACAAGAGGCGGUCAUCACAGACACCGAUCUAUUUAAAGAUUUAAACAAAUUCGAAGAGAGUAUAGCCGAAAUGAACUUCAAGAGGUAUGAUAUGUCAACUCUUAUAUUCGAAAUAAACUCCAGUAACGCUAUUCAUUUCCACAAACAGCUGAUACCGGUACCGAAAUAUCUAAUCGGGAACUUUAUCAGUGCUUUGAACCGCCAAGUCCAUAUGAACAACGAGAAAUUUAAGAGCAAUGCCAAGUUAGAGUUCAAAGAAUUUGAGGGUUUCGACGAUAAAGAGUACUUAGGUCUAGUUAAUGAUCAUGAAACAAAUUAUUUUCAAUUCAUUAUUCGCGAAACUGCGUCGAGCAAGCCUAAAGUAUAUAUCAGUGUUUUCGAUAAAGACGAAAGGAUUGAUCUUCAGUUUGGUAGAAGGGUAGCUGCUUUCCUAUUAAAACAACCGAAAAGAACAAUGUGGGACUCCAAAGUAUGUUUCCAAACCAAACAACAAGAAGAGAAAGAUGUUUCAAAUUUCCAGCGGGCAUAUAAGAAUUUCGAUUUCACUUUGAAAUAA